UCGCAGCGAUGUGAGCGCUGCGGUGCGACCUGCGAGGUAACUUCAGUCGAGCUUCUCCGGAUUGGAUGCUGCGUGCCCACAGUCCCUUUGGCCCUGUUGGGACGAUUGGGCCACAGCCGGAGUUGCCAUUGCUUGCCUGCCGCGUGCGGCGAUUUAAAAGGGGCUGAGCGCGCGCUUCUCGCUGUUUGCUGUUGCUUGGCUCUUGUUUCCCUUGGGAUCAGCAACGAAAGGCGUGGGACUGUAUAUUUUUGUCCUUCGUUUGUGUGAAUUCUUGGCUGGUUAUCAAAGUUGCGACAGUCCUUCGAUCGCUUACACGGACACCCUCCACUCGUAGUUCACCAUGAAGCCAACGACGCUCCUCACUCACCUACUCACCACCACGGCGGCCUCUGCCGCGACGCUCCCUCGCGCCCUCCAUCCAACACAUCCCCGAGACGCACCUCAAUACCGCCUGCUCCACACCUUCUCCUCCUCGGCGCCUUCCUCCUCCAACGCCCACCUCCUCUCCGCCACCAACACCGAAUCCACCAAAGGCGGCGCCAUCCUCACCCUCCCCUCCUCCUCCUCCUCUAGCAACAACAACACAAGCAGCGCCCGAAUCACCUCGGUGCAGACCACCUUCCGCAUCCCCCACGCCCAGCCCCCAGCCACCGGCCCAACCGCCAACAAUCCCGUCGGCGUGUACGCGGCCUCCUUCUGGGUGGGCAUCGACGCCGCGGGGGCGGCUGCGUCCUCCUCUUGCAGCGGCGGCGGCGCCGCCCUGCGCGCGGGCGUCGACAUCUUCUGGGACGGCACGGUCGGCGGCGAGCAGACGCCGUUUGCGUGGUACCAGUUUGCUACCGCCGCCGCCGCGGCAGGCCAGCAGGGCCAGCAGGGGUCCGGGACGGGGUUUGGGCAGGACGGGUUCGCGGUCGCCGCGGGCGAUGUCGUUCGCUUCACGCUCAGCGCGGGGGGCACCGGCGGUGCGGAUGGUGAGCAGGUGGUGGCGGUGGUGCUGGCGGAGAACUUUGGGGCGAACGUCAGUCACGCGGAUGUGGUGGGCCGCAGUGCUAGUGGUGGUGGUGGUGCGAAGCCGGUGCGGAGCGUGAAGCAGGUCGUGACGGCGCCGGCGGGGUUGUGCGGGCAGCAGGCGGCGUGGGUCGUGGAGGACUUUCCGCUGGAGGGACGGCCGGAUGUGCCGGUUGCGUUCGCGAAUUUCACGAGCGUCACGUUCGACGGGGCGGGCGUCGCGCUGGCGGACGGGUCGAAGAAGGGUGUGACUGAGGCCGCGGUGCUGGAUGUGAGAUUGCAGGCUCAGGGGGGCAAGCUCACAAGUUGCGAGGUGGUUGACGGUCAGGAGGUUAAGUGUACGAGAGUUGUGGGUGGCAACUAAGCAGGACGGCUGUAAACUGUGUAAUCAAGUGUGGAAGUUGGAAGCGGAUGGAAGGCAAAACUGUGCUGGAAAGAGGAGGUGACAGACUACUGCGGCGGAAGCGGGUA